CUUUGCCGCUUCCGUCAUUGGCGGCCUGUCGCAAACGCAAAGCGCUGGUUCGGCUUCUAUUUUUCUCCCUCCCUCGGCGGCGCCUGGUUUUGGCCCUUUCCUCCCCCCGUCCGAUUUUCCCGGCGGCCGCCUCUCCCCUUCCCCUGCGAUGCCCCCGAAGAAACAGCCGCCCCCGGCGGCCGCCAACAAAAAGGCGGACCAGAAGAAGAAGGAGAAGAUCAUCGAGGACAAAACCUUUGGUUUAAAGAACAAGAAAGGAGCAAAGCAGCAGAAGUUCAUCAAGGCCGUGACCCAUCAGGUGAAAUUUGGUCAGCAAAACCCACGGCAGGCUGCUCAAGUAGAUGGUGACAAGAAAUUUAAGAAAGAUGACAAGAAGAAAGAAUUGCAGGAGCUGAACGAGCUGUUCAAACCUGUAGUUGCUGCCCAGAAAAUUAGCAAAGGUGCUGAUCCCAAAUCUGUAGUUUGUGCUUUCUUCAAGCAAGGGCAGUGCACCAAAGGAGACAAGUGCAAAUUUUCUCACGACUUGUCUUUGGAGAGAAAGUGUGAGAAGAGAAGUGUUUACAUUGACGGACGAGAUGAAGAGCUUGAGAAGGACACAAUGGAAAACUGGGACGAGAAGAAGUUGGAGGAGGUGGUGAACAAGAAGCAUGGUGAGGCCGAAAAGAAAAAACCCAAAACACAAAUAGUCUGCAAGUAUUUCCUCGACGCCAUUGAAAACAACAAGUACGGAUGGUUUUGGGUCUGUCCUGGCGGUGGAGACAACUGCAUGUACCGCCAUGCCCUCCCUCCGGGCUUUGUGCUCAAAAAGGACAAGAAGAAGGAAGAAAAGGAAGAACAGAUUUCUUUAGAAGAUCUAAUAGAGAAAGAGCGUGCCGCUUUAGGACCAUACGUUACAAAAAUUACGUUAGAAUCUUUCCUUGCCUGGAAGAAAAGGAAAAGACAAGAAAAAAUUAAUAAGGCCGAGCAAGAUAUGGAAAGAAGGAAAGCUGACUUCAAGGCCGGCAAAGCGUUGGUGAUUAGUGGACGUGAAGUGUUUGAAUUCCGGCCAGAGCUCGUGGACGCAGACGAUGAAGAAGCAGAUGACACUCAUUAUGUCCAAGACGCUGGUGAAGAGGAGAUCGACGAGCUGGUGAACGUAAACGACGUGGACUUGAACCUUUACGUUCCGAAAGCCGUGGAUGAGACUGGAAUCACCGUAGCUAGCCUUGAGCGAUUCAGCGCAUACACUUCAGCUGAAAAGGAUGAUAACAAGCUGAGUGAAGCAUCCGGAGGUGAACUCGAGAACGGACUACAAAAUGACUUGGAAUCUGCCAGCGAUAUCGAAGACGCUCAAGAAAAUGGAAUCAUAGAUGCCGUUCCAGUUGACGAAAAUCUUUUCACUGGCGAGGACUUGGAGGAGCUAGAAGAAGAACUAAACACACUUGACUUGGAAGAAUGAAUAACCACACUCAAAUACUAACUUAAAUCUGCUUGGCAAAGUGAAUACUGGCUCCGUCUUGUUUAUCUGGAGUUUCUUAAAUGGAGUCUUCAUGGGUCCUCAAGUGAUUCUGGAAGGAAUAUUAAAGUCCUCUUCCCGCACACAACUUUUCUUGUGGUUCGGUCUUAACUGCAGCUUCAUAACCCGCUCAGACAAGACACUGGGGGAAUUCUCUUAAUCUCAAUUCUCUUAAUGAGAUCCCAAUCAAAUGUGGGGGGUCUAACUAUUUUCCUAGGAUGUACAAAGGGGAGCACUGCUGCCAGGUACACGAGAGUAUCGAAACAAACUCCUUCAGCAGAGCUGCAUUUUACAUGAAUAAUUUUUGAGUGAUUGUGUUAACAGUUCGAACCAUGUGCUGUAAAUCAAGGAAUGACCGGGCAGUUGCGAGCAGUGACGUUGCAUAGAAUGUGUUUUUGAUCAGACAGAUGACUGAGGCAAAGAUCCAUAAUGUGAUACGAGUACGGGACCCUCCGUUUAAGUUUUAAACUUAACGCACAAAGGUGUAAAUAAAAACUGGUUGAAAAAAAACGACACGCUGGCUCUAAAUUUAGUGUGUGACCCGUUUUUUGCAAAUACGCAGUAGGCCUUAACUGUUGCGAUGCUGCUGUUACGAGUUGUGGCUUAUGCCGCAGUCUCUAGAUUCACAUGGAGGGGCAAACGACAUAUUAUCCUUCCUCUGUCUUCCAGAGUAUCCUUGUGUAUGGAAAAUGUUACCAGUCGUGACUUGACCCUUUCCGGUUUUCCCUACUCUUGCGUGUGUCCAUUGGUAGAUAGUGUAAAUGUAUAAGGAUUUGGGGAGAUUUCAGUAUUAACCAUACUGGUCUUCUGUUUCAAACGAACUGUUAAAUGCAAGGGUGUCCUGCAUUUCACAUCUAGACCAAUUGUAAUAAGAAUUUGGAACUGCCAUAUUUACAGGGGAGUACAGAACACCAUUAAGUCCCUGUGGUUGAAUCGUUAAGUUAAGCAAUCGUGUAUCUCUUACAGGCGGAGUACAGAAGGGAGAAAAGCGUAAAUGUUUUGCGUUUCAUGUGGGUCAGGGCUUAGGAUCAGAGGGUCGCUGAGUUAUAAAAAUGCCUUUAAUCCCAUCAUUGGGAGAAGAACGAGGCAUAUCACAGUACGUCUGUAGCCAAAAACACUACAUUGAUUUGGGAGAAAAAAAUGUUAUUUGAAGGGAGAGAUUUGCACUUGUGAACCCUGGGAAUUAGUAAAGUCGUGAUUGGUCGCCUGAGUUCCGGCAUGCAAGAACGAAUGCCCCAUAAGGUACAGUGUCCAAGAUCGACAUGGAGAAACGAGGGUUCUAGAUUAGCCUUCACAGCCUUUGCUACUACGUUAUCAAUUCCUGUCCCAAUUAAAAGACGAGAACGUGGCCUACCUAUACAUAUCUCUUCAGUUGCCUUAUCUGUAUUGUUCAUUGCUUUAUUGCUGUUUUCUUCUUUUUGAAGCUUCUUAUCUUAUUCUAUUGCAACCCCUUCAGGUUGUCACUUGUUCCCUUGCCUUAAUUUUUUUUACAAAGCCUGGAAUUGUGCUGAAUCCUGGAUCUUGCCAUAUGCUCAUUACUUUCAAGGAAGAGACGAAUAAAUAGCUGGGCAUUUGGGUAGUUCAUUUUCCUUUUGCUGUAGUAGUUUGUGCAAUGUUGCCAUGCUAAAGAAACCGUAAAGAAGCACAGUUGGUUCCGUUGGGGCGGUUUCCCUGACAGCGAUUUGGCCCACUGAAUUGUAGUAGGUCAUUUUUAUACUUGUAUUUUACAAGAUUGUGACGGCACUGGAUCUUAGAAAUUAUAUAAUAACGUGUGCAGUAAACCAGGUAGGAAAAAUGCAUCUAACAGUGCUAUCGUGUGCAGAAUUGUAUUCUUCUAAGCCCCUUGAAUUCAGUCUUGGAAAGGUACAACUCUGCUCAGGGUGACUGUGUAACUCAUAUGCCAUAAGAAUUAAUGUAAGGUAAUAACUCUUCUCAGGUUUCAGGUGUACUACAUAUUGUUUUCCUCAAGAGCCAUUUUUCCUGACCAGAUAGUCAUUUCAGCUGCAAUUCAAUAUUGCGAAACUUUGUCUGAAAUGGGGCAGUUACCAAUAAUCUUAAGAAGAUUUCCCGUGAGAUUCUUACAAGGUAGUACAAUGGAAGCAUUUUAAAAUAGAAUUAUGUUGUGUUUGAGAAGUAAGUUGAUUGAAAUAUUUUGGCUAAAGUGCCCCAAUUAGAUUUUUUUUAAAAAAAUGUACAAUCUAAUCUAAGUACUUGAAAAACUACAGGUGGCAGGUACCUGCUUAGAAAAGGCACUCCACCUGUCACCUGGGAAGGAAAUGCCUCAUCUAAAUGCCCCUUUAGAAACCUGGAUCUUAAAAAGAACAAAUGCUAUUUCCUUUGGCUUUGACUUAUUGGCACAUGGAUUAAAACAAAUGUUUGACUUCUAUCUUUA